AACACUAAAGUCAUAGGACCAAAAGUGAAAAAAACUCUUUAUCGAAAUCAAUUGCCAGUUUCUUAUAACUAAGUUUUUGCAUUUGGCAAGUUUAGACCAAUUCUCAUAUGGCCUAUCUGUCUCUCUGUAGAACUGGUGUCAGUUAAAGGUUCUUGCCGGCAUUGCAUGCAAUAAAUAAAUAAUUAUUUGCCCUAGAAAAGUAAUAAAUGUUGGGAAUUGGGGUUCCCAAACCGAACCGAAUUCCGAAUUCCGAAUUCUGAACUGAAACCGAACUGAAAUACAAUGUUAAACCAAAUGGUUUCAUUUUUUCAAAAUUGAACAAACCGAAACCGAAAAAACUGAACCGAAUAUUGAAACGCCCACCCCAAGUCAAAAUCCCAAAAUCUCCAUUAAUUUUUUUUUACAGAGCAGUGCUCCUUUGUCUUCUUUUAUGCAAAAAAUGGGUGAACGAUGCUAGCAGUGGUGCAAGUUCAAGCAGCUACUUUGACAACAGUGAUGAGGCGGCGACGAUGAAGCAACGCCGGUUUACUUGAAGAGGGAGAGGAGGGGAAAAACAUAUAUUCUUUGAGGUCAAAACCUGAACUUCCAGUGCAGAUUUUUCUGUUGGCCUCCCAAAGUGUACUGAAUUGAAAAACUAUGGCAACUGGGAUCCUAGGAAGACCCCUAAAAACCUUAAACCGUUUCAUCCUCAGAACCCUAACCACCUCUGGUUCCCGAAACAUCAGUGGCCUUGCCACAGCUGGGCAACCCGAAUCUGAUGGUCAAUCUUCAUCCUUUACAUUCACCUCUGACAAUGGAGAUCGAAAUGUUCAAAAUACAUCUAGCAGAGAUGAUAGUAUCUAUAUAAAGGGACCCAAGAAGGAUUCUUCUUCUCAAUUGGAUGCUUCAUCAGUGACGAUUCCCAUGUCAUUCAUGACAGGCUCAAUUGUGGGCAAGAGGUUUUACAAGAAGGUAAUCACGCGAGAGGCUGAUGAUGGUAUUGGUUGGACUGUUAUGCUUGACUAUCGAACCCUCAAAACCCCUGCCAAGCGCCCUCUCAAGUGCCCCACUCACGCUCUUGCCAAAGCCAUUGCUGCUGAAUGGGAAUACCAGGAAGUGGAUGGUAUCAGACCCUUUACAAUGCCACUGAUGCAACUUGCUUGUACCGCAUUUGAAAGAGUUCCACUCACCAGACCAAAGAUUAUUGAGAACUUGAUGAAAAAGUUCAAUCAAGAUUUAGUCUUCUGUCGUGCUCCAGGGGAUAAUGAUCUCACAGCUGUGGUUCUUGAGCGUCAAGUGGAGAAAGUUGAUCCUCUACUUCACUGGUUGGAAUCAGAGUUCGGCUUCAAACCUGCUAUAUAUUCCAGCUUUUUUGGUGGAAAGCAGGAGGAUGGUCUUGUUAACGCCAUUGAGGACUUUCUUAAAAAAACAAAUGAUUGCGAAUUGGCAGCAAUUGAUGCAAUCGCUGCAGCUGCACACUCUCUAGCUAUUGCAAUUGGUGUGUUCCGUGGUAGAUUGGGAAUUGAAGAGGCAAUUGAAUUGAUCAGGCUUGAGGAAGAUUUGCAGAUUGACAAAUGGGGUCUGGUUGAAGGUGGACAUGACCUUGACAUAGCCGAUCUACAAGUGCAGGUUUCUUCUGCUGCUGUGUUUCUCAGGCUCUCAAGGAGUAGUUAGAUUUCUAUUCAAGUCUGCGUAGUGGUAAUAUUUUUAGAGUUGUGAUUCUUGAAGAUAAAACGGCCUGUAGUAUUAGUACAUUUUACAACGUACAAGAGCAUUUUUGUUAUGGACUUGUGGUGUAAGUUGUAAUUGAAUGUUCCGUUGUUAGUUGAGAGGCAAACUAUACAUCAUGUAAUAAUGUUGAGG